GCUCAUAGUGUCCCGCUCCUGUCCGGUCCUGCCCAAGGGACACGCGCCUUAACCAACGCCACAACUCUGAAAUAGAGUCUAAAACUUUUGUGGAGAAUAGGCUUUACUUUUACUAUUACUUCACAUUAAAAGAGCACGCUUAUCUUUGAUACUCAGGGCGUUAUUAAUGACAUUGCUAAACCUGGGCAAGAGGGUGCGCUUGUUCAAGACACUGAGAAGCGGGAAAGAAUCAGAAUCUACAGGUGUUUGGAGAGGCGCGAGACUGAAGGAGCACCGCACGCGCCAAGCGCCAGCACAGACACGCGACCAUCAGGAGCAGAGCGCGACCCCCAACCCGUAAAAAAAGCAUCACAGAGAAAAAAGAGAGUGAGAGAGAGGAAGGGAGAGAGAGAGAGCAAUAGAGAGAGUGUGCGAGAGACGCGGCCGUCCCAAGAAUGAUGUCCUACAUAAAGCAGCCCCAUUAUGCUGUGAACGGGUUAACGCCGUCCGCCUCAGGAAUGGACCUGCUCCACACCGCCGUCGGCUACCCAGCCAUUCCAAGGAAGCAGCGUCGGGAGCGCACUACCUUCACACGGACCCAACUGGACAUUUUGGAAGCCUUGUUCACCAAAACACGCUACCCAGACAUAUUCAUGCGAGAAGAGGUGGCUCUGAAAAUCAACCUUCCAGAGUCCAGAGUUCAGGUUUGGUUCAAGAACCGUCGUGCUAAAUGCCGCCAACAGCAACAGCAGACCAGCGGUCAGCCCAAGCCCCGUCCCCCUAAAAAGAAGUCCUCUCCACCCUCUGAACUGACCUCUGACCCUGGUGCCAGCUCCUCAGUGGCGGCUGCCUCUGCCCCAGCCGUGCCCCCUAGUGCCAGUACAGGCACAGCACCAGUUUCUGUGUGGAGUCCCACCUCUCUAUCCCCCCUUCCUGACCCAUUGUGUGGCUCCGGCACACCUUGUGUGCAUCGCCCUGCUCCCUAUCCUAUGAGCUAUGGUCAGCCCUCCACCUAUAGCCAGGGCUACAGCUCCUCUCCUUAUUUCAGUGGAUUAGAUUGCAGCCCGUACCUCUCCCCCAUGACCAGUCAGCUGUCUGCAAGUGGGGGCGCCCUCUCUCCCCUCACCGUGCCCUCCAUGGGCGGCUCGCUCAGCCAGUCACCCUCCCUCUCCUCCCAAGGAUACAGCACCUCCUCGCUGGGUUUCAGUUCCGUAGACUGCCUGGACUACAAGGACCAGCAGGCCUGGAAGCUCAACUUUAGUACCGUGGACUGCCUCGACCAUAAAUUCCAGGUGCUGUAGAAGAGAAAGUGAGCGAGUGAAGAAAAAUAACAAGAGGGAAGGAGAAUUAGGAGAAGAUGGAUGAAGAAUAAAUUAAUCUAAACUAUUGCUUGAAAUGCCAGAGACAUUUAGAUGAUGAACAGGACUGAAUCAGCAGGAUUCACGUUAUCUCAGAGGUGAAAAGGGAAGGGAAUCUCAGAUCUCAGAAGGGAAAAGGGCCCAUUUUGGAACAGGUGAAGACUGUUCCUCUGUAAUCCAGACCUGCUCUGUGAUUGGCUGAGAGUGAAGGGACUCCUCAAGUCUACUGAUCAGUCAUCAUUAUUAACCAUUUACCUCACAC